GAUUGUAGAGAAGGCUGAUGUGGAUGUGGGCUCUGCAGAGUGUCUGGAGCCAGAGUAUAUGCAGGGAGACUGAUAAAUAGCCAAGAGAAAGACCAAGCUUAAUUAGGCUUUUCCAGUUUGCAGUGGUGACUACAUCUGGGGAGACCAGCAUUCGCUCAUUCCCUACAUAGAUUUUCAGGUUUUCUGGAGUAGACCGUCACAGCAACACGUGUUAAUGAGACAGUGGGAAGAGCUGGAGCAGACCAUGGCAAACAGCUAUGUAACAGUUUCUGAUACAUACUGUGUUGCAGAACCCUUGCCCUACUAUGAUGUCCUGCCAGAACACAUUAAUUAUCAACUUCCAGAUUCAGACUUCCAGGCGACCCCCUACUGUCAGUAUACAAACAUGCCAUAUUCGCCUGUGUUGCAAUCACCAUCAUCACAGUGUCACUACAGUGCGUACAGCCUGGACAACACUUAUGGUGAUGGCCAGUAUGUUCUAAACACGUGUGAAAUGAGUAAACCUCCUUCCGUAAUGAGUCACGGUGUAGAGGAGGUGUAUCCGUCCAUUAAACGUCCAAGAAUAAGCCACGCCACCAUCCGAAUGAAAGGGCAUGAAGAGCUAUGUGUGGUAUGUGGGGAUAAGGCAUCAGGCUAUCACUACAAUGCGCUUACCUGCGAAGGGUGCAAAGGUUUUUUCCGUCGCAGUAUUACAAAGAAUGCAGUGUACAGGUGCAAGAAUGGGGGUCACUGUGAGAUGGAUAUGUAUAUGCGGAGGAAGUGUCAGGAGUGCCGUUUAAAGAAGUGCAAAGCUGUAGGAAUGCUAGCAGAAUGUUUGUUAACUGAAGUACAGUGUAAAUCAAAGAGGCUUCGAAAAAACUGCAAGCAAAACAGCACCAUACUUUGUAAUGUGAAGGUGGAAGAUGAUGGGAGUGACAGUAGACAUGUUUCAUCAACUACAAAGCCAAGCAGAGUUACUCGUCCGGAACUCACAGUUGAAGAAUGUAAACUGAUCGAUCAUAUUGUAUCUGCCCAUCAAAAGUUUGGCUUACCUACAGACGAACAGAAAAUGUUUUUGGAAGAGUCAGGGAAUCCAGAAGAAAUCUUCUACCACAUCUCAGAAGCCGCUGUUUUUCAUGUGCAGUUCCUUGUGGAAUUUACUAAACGACUCCCAGGUUUUGAGAUGCUUGAUCAUGAGGAUCAGAUCGCUCUCCUAAAAGGUUCCACUGUUGAAGCAAUGUUUUUACGUUCAGCACAAAUAUACAAUCAGCGAAUAACUGGAUGUGUGUUGCCUAUCAAUGAAGGUCUCGCAAGAUACCAAAGUCAUCCUGCAGAGUACUGUCACAUCCAGGAGUUUAACAGAUGUCCUCUAUACUCCUUAGAAUCUCCUCAUAGACAAGAGAUUCCAGCAUCUAGCACAGAUCUCAGUGAGGAAUUUAUUACUCCACUUUUCAACUUUUACAGAAGUAUGGGAUCCCUUAAUGUCACAGAAACAGAGUAUGCAUUGCUUUCCGCAAUCACAGUGUUUUUUUCAGAUCGCCCACUCUUAAAAAACAAGCAACGUGUGGAGAAACUGCAGGAGCCGCUUUUAGGAAUAUUACACAAGUACUCAAAGAUCUAUCACCCAGAAGAUCCACAGCAUUUUGCACGACUUAUUGGACGUCUGACUGAGCUCCGGACCCUAAAUCACAAUCACUCGGAAAUACUCAUAUCAUGGAAAACCAGAGACCCCAAACUUACUUCAUUGUUGUAUGGUGCGUGGGAUUUAUAAUGAAUUAAGAACCUCGGAAUUUUAGUCACCCUUCGGUUAUCUUUUUUGGACUGUAUAGAAAUCAAUAAUGUUACUAAUUUAUGUAAAUGUCUCAAUCAUAGUUAUGUUGCUUUAUAGGUAUUGGUCUAAAAACCUCAGUUAUAAAUGUUUUCAUGCAAGCACGUUGAAAAAAUAUAUAAAACAGGUAUGCUUGUAGUUACAUAAUACGCAGUGAUGAUUUAUUUUUAAAAGUAUUGAAACUUGGCCUACAGUGAUAAAGUAAUGGAUCCCAAUCAGCUAGUGCCUUGAUUGCCAUUGCACAUUCAUAUUGACAACAUUUGUCAUCAUUGUUAGGAUUUCCGGGAACUUCUUAUUGGAGGAACUUUUUUGGUUACUGGUAUCCCUGGCUUUCUGAUUAUGGUUGAAUGUAUAUUAAACAUACCAUACACACCUGGAUUGACAGCUAAAGAUGUAAACAUAAGUUAAAUAGCGAUAAAGAACAAUAACGCUGAAAUGUAGGACUACAGCCCAAAGUUAU